AUGGCACAAGGCAGUGGGUACUUGAAGAAAGGCACGAAGAGCGUCAAGAAUAGUGGAUCAAAGCCUUCAAAGAAAGUAGUGAGCUAUUCCCAUAAGAAAUCUGCUGCUAAGUUUACCAAGAAAGGAAACCCCACGACGGAGAUUCGACGUGGAUGUAGUGGCAUGAAAAACCACGGCAGUAAAGCCGUUACGGGCUUUAUUAAUCAGAAUCUGGAGAAUAUUAUGGCCAGUCGUGUACUACAAGCGGGUACGCAAUUGGCUCUGACUGAUGUGAAAGCUCAUGGCAAAGAUCGACUCAAGGAGAUUAAUCAGCAAGCACGUACGAAGAAGAAAAGUCGCGUGGCACAGAAAUUGGCAGCACUGGAACGAUCGAUUAAAGAUCAAGAAGAAGGCAGUAGCAAGUUGAAACGUCCCACGGCUGCCGCCGUCGUCGUCUCCCACUCGUAG